GUUAUGGAAACCCGAGCUAGACCAAACAGAUGAGUAGAUCACUAGAUGACGCCAGGGGCCAAUGGUUGGUUCCUCGUUCUUCUCACCGCCCGGGCCUGGAUAUCUAAUUCCGACUAUUUAAUUCCCGAAGUACACUUCCCAACAUCUCCCACCCCACCCAACCUUCUUUCUCGAUCUCGAUGGGGCUCAACGUAUCGAAGCGAGUGGAGAAAUCGCUCCGUUCCUCGCCUGAGUUCGACGCCGCCUGCGAGUCCGUCUACGACCGCUGCAUCGCCGACGCCCAGCACGCCUUCCCCGGCGUCCGCCCCUACCAGCUCGCUGGCGCCGCCGCUCGCCUCCACCCCGCGCUCUCCGCCUCCCUCCCCCUCGUCAGGCGGUGGGUCCCCUCGCCCCCCGGACAGGCCCAGGUCGACGCGGCGCUCCGGCGGGUCGACCCGGAAGCGGAGGCCCUGGGCUCGGCGGAGUUCCGGGACUUCGCGGCGGAGCUCUUCAAGGACGCCAUCCUGGCCGGCGCCGGCGCGGCGGUCCUCCGGAGGGUCCCGAUCGGUGUCGCGGGGAUCGCCGGCGUCGGGAUGGUGACGCACGCGGGGGCGGAGGUCGUCGGGAGGGUGAUGGGGGUUUACGCCGUCGGAGUCGUCGCCGCCGUUUUUCUCAGCUUGUCUUAAUCCCAGGGCUACGGUUGUAGAUCUUGUAAAUAUUAGGGGCGAAAUAUUAAGCCAAGCUUUUGCAAUUUCGAAGUCAAGCUUAUGUAUUCUAUAAUUUAUAUUCUAGUAUCAGGUGUGAUUCUCUCUCUUA